UCAUCUCAGUUGAAAGGGGCCUAGGAACCAUGAGAAGUAGUAUCCAUGCUUUAGUAUUAACUUACUUCUUACUCUCCCUUCCUCCCGUUGUGCACCCUGUUUGCUUAUGGGUCAUUACGUAAGAGUAUAUUUAUAUUUAACCUGACCCCCUUAUCUUCCCUACCUCCCAUUUUCGGUCGGGGGGGGGGGGGGGAGAAAAUGUGACAACCGAGGUGGAGGGUAAAGGCCGGUUCACACGAUCAUGCUGCUUGACAGUCAGCAUGAAACAACUGCAUGAAGUAGAUGCAUGAAGCGCGUUCGGACGAAUCACACCUAUCGUCAUUCAGUGCAAGAUCUAGCGGUGGUUGCGGCACAAUGUCUCUUUCUCGUGAUGAUGCAAUUGCGCUUGGUUUGGCAAUAAUUUUAAGAGAGAAAAAAAAUUCUUCACGCCAACGGAAAAGGAGAUGUGUCAAGGCAUGGAUUGCCCGAAAAGAACAUUCGCACACAAACUUAAUAAUGAAUGAAUUGCAGUGUGAGACAGACGACUGGAGGAACUACCUCAGAAUGGAUGAAGGUACCUAUAACAAUUUGUUGGAACUUGUGUCACCUUAUAUCAAACGUGAAAAUACUAACAUGAGGGAAGCCAUUACUCCCCAUGAACGUUUAAGUGCGACACUACGGUUCCUGGCAACAGGACGUUCUCUGAAAGAUUUACGAUACUCCGCACGAAUGGGCACCUCAACAUUAUCAGAAAUCAUCCCUGAAACAUGCAACGCAAUAUUCCACGUCCUGAGAGGUGAAUUUUUACAGUUCCCCAAAACCGAACAAGAGUGGACAAACAUUGGAAACCUAUUCGAAGAAAAAUGGAAUUUUCCAAACUGCCUUGGCGCAGUUGAUGGAAAACAUGUACACAUCACUCCUCCAAAGGAUGCAGGGUCUUACUUCUAUAAUUAUAAAGGGUACAAUAGUCUAGUUUUAAUGGCAGUGGUCAACGCCAAUUAUGAAUUUUUGUACGCAGACAUAGGUACCAAUGGCCGUGUUUCAGAUGGUGGCGUAUUGAAUAACACUACUUUUGGAAAAAAAAACUCAAAGACAACGAACUUCACAUUCCACCCAUUGGGAAGCACGGUCUCCCUUGUGUUUUCGUGGGAGAUGAAGCAUUUGCGCUGCGACCUGAUUUUUUAAAACCAUAUCCACAAAAGGAGCUGAAUGAUGACAGAAGAACUUUUAACUAUCGUCUAUCAAGAGCUCGAAGAGUAGUUGAGAAUGCGUUUGGCAUAUUAAGCGCUAGAUUUCGCAUUUUCCACUCAACUAUAAAUCUCAAAUUAGACAGCAUUGAGAAGGUGGUGCUAGCUACAAUUGCAUUGCAUAACUAUUUGCGAAGUAAAACAGUCACUACUCAUAAUAUUAAUAAUGAUUGUAAUGACAUGAUGCCCAAUAACAACAGCGAUGAAAAUUGCAUGGCUAGUUUAGAAAGAGGAAGAGAUGCACGGGUUGCAUCUCAAAUUGCUCGAAAUGUUCGGGACAACUUUAUGACAUAUUUCACCGGCGAAGGUGCUAUUGCAUUUCAAGAGAAUGUACUGUAAACAUGUAA